GUGGACCACCUGCUGAUGAGGGCCACCCUGGAUGUGAUUGGGCGGGUGGCGUUCGACAUCGAUUUCCGGGCGGUACAGGAGUUCAAUGUUGCUGCGUCCAACAGCCAGCCGACCUCAAACCCCGAAGACGACGAGAUUUUCACCAUCAUUCGCGAAAGCAUGAAUGAACUCAACUCGCGAUGGGCCAACCCGCUUCGGGGGCGCUACAUGUUUUGGCUGCCGGAGGUGCGGCACGCGAUGCGCUACUGGCGGGCGCUGCAGCAGCACAUGAGGGGCGUGCUGAGGGAGAUCCGGUCGAGAGGGCCACCUGCAGACGGGGAUGAGUCUAUUGCCGCCCACCUGAUGCGCUUGAAAGAUCCCCACACAGGGCAGCCGCUGGCGGACGACCGCCUGCUCCCCGAGAUCGCCACCUUCUUCGUCGCCGGCACCGACACCACCGCCCACACCAUGACCUGGACGCUGUACCUGGUGGCGCAGCACCCGGAGGUGGAGGCCAGGCUGUGCGCUGAGCUGGACGCGCUGGGCCUGCUGGCCACGCCCCAGCGCCCCGAGCCGCGGAUGGUGGAGGUGGAAGACCUGAGCCGCCUGGUGUACCUGGCAGCGGUGGUGAAGGAGUCGAUGCGGGUGCUGCCUGUCAGCGCGGACGGCACCGCCAUCCAGGCGCCCCGCGACAUCCAGCUGGGCCCCCACACCAUCCCGGCAAACACCAUCAUCUGGGUGCACAUCUUCAGCUGCCACAACAGCGCCCGCUACUGGGACCAACCCGACCGCUUCCUGCCCGAGCGCUUCAUGCAGCCCGGGGCCGAGUAUGCCGCCAGCGGCCCGCAAGGCAAAACGGCAGGUGAAGCAGCGGCAGGGCAGCAGGCAGCAGCAGCGGCAGCAGGAGGGCAGAGCGCGCCGCCAUCGCAAGAGAAGCUGCCUGGUGACGGCAGCAGCGCACAAGGCGAGGCUGAGGUACAGCACAGGCCCGAUUCACACGGCAGCAGCAGCCUGAGCCCCAGCUUCAGCAGCAGGGCAGUUGGGAGCGGCGGCGGCAGCAGCCAGCCGCUUCGCUUCUUCCCCUUCAGCCAGGGCCCCCGCAACUGCGUGGGCCAGUCGCUGGCAAAGAUGGACUACUUAGCAAUACUGGCGGUACUGCUGGGGCGGUACACAUUCCAGCUGACUCCCGAGGUGACGGCCCCUGGAGGCGUGCGCGACAUCAUCAGCCUGACGCUGCAACCGGAGCACGGGCUGCCGGUGCUAGCGGUGCCUCGCGUGCCGCAGCUGUAGAGCAGGUCACAUCUCAUGCACGACGAUCUCCAUGCCAUGAACAAAUUCAGCUUGCAAGCACGAUUCCACACAAUACAUGGCGCCUCAGGCAAACGAGACCCUUGCGCUACAGGGCCAGCUCUGUUGGCGGCGUGUCCUAGUGUCUUCUCUUGCGGCCCUUGCUGCGCUAUGUGGGCAUCAAGCGGGGGCGGCGUAGCUAAAGUGGGUGGAUGAGUUGAUGAGGUGGCUCUCAGAGGUCGGCAGCCAGCCGGCUCGCCACCUGCUGCGCCAGGUCUGUGCAGCGGCGGGCCUCCGCAUGCAUCGUGGUGCCGUCAAACAUCUGAACGGCGGCGACCACUUGAUCCAGGGCUGCUGCGCCGCCCAGCUGGGACUGGAGCGGGGCCCGCAGCUGUGCCACCCCAGCAGCGUUGCGCAGGACGGCCAGCACUUGCAGAAGCACGAACACCGUGGGGAGCAGCUUGCGAGCCUCGCGGCCCGACACGGCGCCCCAGGACAGCCGCGCCUGCUCCAGUGUGCGGGCCAGCAGUUGCACGCAGCCAACCAGGCCCUCCAGGGCCUGGGAGGAGCGCAGGAACUCGGCGUUGGCCUGUGCGACCAACUGGCCGCCUGGCCCCUCCAGCCCCUCGGAUGCCUGCUCUUCAGGGACCAGCAGCGC